AUGAGAUCCUCGCGUUUAUCCUCAUUGGCAAUGCUGGUUGCUGCUACGUGCCUCACCAGCUUACUACAGCUCUGCAGCAGCGCCAACGCCGAAUAUCCUGGCGUUAUCGAGCUAGUCGGCUAUAGUAAUCGGCGCGCACGCACACACUACAUGCCGCCAAUCGGCGAUAGUCCUACACUUGCGCCACCACCAGCCAAAAUACAGGCUGAUAUCGAGACAGUGAAAGCGAAUAUCGAAAAAUACAAUAAACUGCUGACGCUGGAUACGAAAAAUCUGCCAGAAUCGCAAAAGGAUAUGCUGGAGCGCAUCGUAGAGCGUGUGGCACGUCUCAAGGAGUCGCUCGACAUUAAUGAAAGUGAGCAGCUGAGAGCUGCUGCGAAGCCAGCGGAUAGUGAGAACAGCAAUAGUGAAGCUGCAGCAGAUAAAACGUCGUAUGCUACCACAGAGGCCGCAACCAAUGCUGAAGCCGAGACCGAUCCCACUUUGGUCUUAGACGAGACUACACUGCUACAGUUGCAGACCUCCAUGGAUGAGCUGGCUGCGGCACAGGCCGCUGUCACUGCACAAACUUCGGUUGCACACGAGUUACCAACCACCACGGAAUACAAUUACAAUGCUGGCAGCGAUGAGGUCGAACAAACGGAGAGUGCCACAGACAGCACUGAAAAUGAGGAUACUACUGAAGGUGCGCUGGCGGCCGGCGCUGAUUAUCCCACCACCACAAUUGAUCCACUCACCGACGCCACCGACUCCGACGACCAAUUCGUUGCAGCACGCUCCAACAACAACAUAGCAGCAGCCUCAAUCAAAGCCGAACCGGAGGACUUGAAUGGUGGUCUGACCACAAUUGGCAGCCAACGCACGUUAACCACCAGCGGCAAAUUGACAAAGACGCGCGCCACCAAGAGACCCGGUUCUGGCGGUAUUACCAAAACGGGACAUACCUCGAAACGUGGCCAGAAACCUGGCACCACUGCGAGCCUGCAUCGCCAACCGGCCAGCAAUAAGCAGAAAUUGGCCACAACCACCACGCAACCACUGCAAACCUACCAUCAUCAACAGCAGACGCAACAACAACAAUACGUACAGAAACAGCCACAGCUACAAUAUCAGAAGCCCCAAACGGCGCAGCUGCCGCAGUCCGCUUCCUCGCCCAUGUACCAAGCGCACAAGGUGUCAGCGUUGCCGCCUGCCACACAGUCCACCGAUAAGACUUCAGCUUCAGCCGCCGCUGCUGCUGCCGCCGCGGCUUCCACAGCCUCCAUUGCUUCGCUGCCAUCCACUUACUCCUCCACGCCGAUCACUACCACUUUGGCCAACAACUAUGGCAAUGCCAAUAAUAAUAAUGACAUGGACUACGAGCCCCAAGUGAAUACGUCGGCGUUAAUUGAUAGCCUGAAUCAUGCACGCGAGGAAUUCUACCAGCAGAAGCAAGGCGUCAGCAACAAGGAUAAGAAACCAUCGGCCACCGCCAAGCCGACAAAGUAUCACUAUUAUCCGCACAAUCAACAUAUCUACUUGCUGCCCGAGUGCGCGAUACAGCAGGUCUGCAAUGCGGUCUAUGUGCGUCUGAAUUACACACAGCCAUUAUGCGCCUGUCCAUCAAGAUACCGUGAUCCCUGCUCGGCCAGUCUGAAUGAGGACGAUCAGCAUACAACGAAAUUGGUGGGCGACAGCAAGAAGAAGCAGGCAAUCACUUUGGCGAAGACAUGCGAGGCCACCACCGAGAUGCGUGAGUGCAGCUCACCGAAGGACUGGUCUCUAUUGGCACUGCAGAAUAUACGCACCGGCAAGUCGCACUAUCUAAUCAUCUGCAGGUGUCCCGACCACUUCAAAAUGGAGGGUCCCAUGGCUCACGAUCAACCCAAGUACGCCAGCGUGCCCGGCAUACGUGUCUUCGGCAUGAUGUGCGUCAAGCCCGGCUACUCGGUACGCAAGCCAUCCGCACAGCCACCCAAGCGCUAUCAGCUACAAAAGCCAUUCUAUCGUCCCAGCACGCAAAGCAGCAGCGCCUACAUCAACGUACCACAGUACGGCGCUAAAGACACCUAUGGCCGACCGAGCUCAUCAUCGUACGCCGCCGCAGCGCAAGCCGCGAGCAGCAGCAAUUACCAUCCGGAAAAUAGCUUUGCAAGCCAACACGGCCAGGCCGGCGGCUAUCAAUACUUGAACCGGCCGGACAGUAGCAGCGGCAUCAGCAACAUUAACCCACAUCAAUCGGCCAUUAAUGUCGGCAACUACCGACCGGAUACGCUCACUUCGAUUAACAACUUCCAAACGGGCAUCUAUGGACGCAACAACGAACGCAAAGGCGAGACACCAAUCGAAGCGGCCAAAGAUGAGGACAAGUCGCUGAAUACGAGCACACAACAGUCUGCGGAGACGGCAGCUGCUGCAGCCGGCGGCGGCAUCGAGGAGACAACGUCGAGCGGUGAUUUGGCGGCGGCCACGUCGCAGCAGCAGCAGCAAAACGAAGAGCUGGCACAAUUGCGCGCCAGGCGUUCGGUGAACGAUAUAGCGGCCAACGAUUGGGACGAUGACACACCCGAGUUCCCAUGGGAUCGUGUUAUGGAGUUCCAGCAGACGAUCGUUUGGGAUUGA